GUUUCAUAAUCUUGUACUCCGGACUCGCGUUCGCAGAGUUUAGUUUUUUUUUAAUUUUGCCGCUGGUCUUUUCCUUUUUUGGCCUUAUAGCCUUGCCAAUUCCGAAAUGACUGAACAGGCUGAUAGAACAUUAUGGGUUGGGAAUCUUGAUCCAAGGGUAACGGAAGAAAUACUAUUUGAGCUGUUUUUACAGGCUGGCCCACUCCAGGAUGUCAACAUUGCAAAGGACAAGGAAGGAAACCAGAAGAGUUUUGCCUUUGUGAAAUUCAAGCAUGAUGUAUCAGUACCAUACUCAAUGCAACUCAUGGGGGGACUUUCACUCUUCAACCGUGCUCUUCGACUUCAGUUCCGCAGCGGCAGCAAGCACCAAUCCACGCCCCAGCACUUGAUCCCAGCCACGCCUCCCAUGCAGAGUCCAGGAUACCGUGGCAAUGGCGGUGGGGGCGGGAAUGGGCUGCUUGGGACUCCUCCCAUGCAGGGCGGGGCAGGUGGUAGGCUGCCACCCCCCAUUCACCGGUCUGCUUCAGCACCAGGUGGUGUGGCUAGGAUGGGGCAGGGCUUUCAAGGUGGGUCUGUCCCGCUGAUGGCAACGCAUCUUUCUACAGGAUCACCUAUGGGACUUCCAGGCAACAUGCAGUCCAUGCAAGGAAUGGGUCUCCCACCAGGAACACCAUUUUCUCAAGGAGCUGCAAUGCAAGGCUUACCAUUAUCAAAUAGAAAAGAUCAAAGCCCUUCGCACCAACCAUCAUCACCUCAAAACAACUAUGAGACGCCUGACAGAAGAGGUUCUGAUAACCGCGGCCCUCCACCUCGUAACCCCGACCGAUAUGCAGACAACCAAGGAAGGUCCGAUAGGGAUUACAGUCCACGUUUUGAUAACGAUGGAAGUCGCGAUUUCAAUCGGCAGCGGAGUUAUGGACGCAAUGAUGGCUCAGAUUAUCGUGGAAGGGACAGUUCGUUGGACCAAAGAUCCAGAGAUAGGGGGCGGUACUCUGAGGAUUGUAGGGUGUCCGAUCUCGAUGGACGCAGAGGUGGAAGUUAUGAGCAGGACAGGCAGGAGAGGUAUCGAGAUCGGUCAAGCGGAAGGAACGAUUCCAGGAGAGGUUAUGAUGAUGGAAAUUCCUACCGAAGGAAUUAUCAUUCAGGGAGAUAACUCUUGCCCUUUUUAAAAUCAUUUUUAGACAUUAGCCUGAAUUCUCAAAGGUGUAAAUGUAUCCAUGAUUUGAAAACAUGGUUUCAUGCAAAUUUCAUGCAUUUAUCAUGUUAAAGUCAGUGCAUGUAUUGACAAAGAGUCCAUAUGCAUAUUUUUAUCACAGUGCGCUAAAUUGACAGUUGUUGCUAAGAUAUUACAGCAUAAAUAAACCAACUGUUUUGUCUUAGUGAUUCCAUGUUUUAUAUCAGUGUACAUACAUGUAUAUAUAUUCAGCCCACUUAACCUUAGUCACAGGCUUGCAUUUAGCAUGCUGUGAUGAAAAUAAACGUUCAUCUCAAUAUAUAUAUGUAUAUGUACUGAAUUCAGCACAACAUGCAUGUAAUCUGCAUAACCCAUGCAUUGUUUUCAAACAACUGAUUCAAAACAACAUUUAUGAAUCU